UUCCCCCGAUUAUGUUAAAACAAACUCGUAUUGCACCCACAUUGCAAAUUUACAUGAGUUAACGUUAAUGCGAACAAUGUUGCCAUGCAGCGGGUGUAUUACGGUCAUGCCACUUGCUUAAUCAUGUACACUUAGCUACUUCAUAAUUUUCAAGCAGUCGCCCUGUCUUACUCAGUGUGUGAGAAAUGGAUGCUACUCAGAUGAUCUGUGACUCAAUCUUGGAGUCAGAUGAGGAAGAAAAUGAAGAGGAGAAUAAAAAUAAGAGGGGACGACCAUUGGCUAAACUGUGCAUCUUAAAAAAUGAGCACAUCCCUGAGACAGAGUUACCACUCUUCUUGGGAGAUAAUGUGCUAGGCCGUGACCCCAACACCUGCACCCUGCCGUUGCUAGCACCCUCGAUAUCCAAGCAGCACGCUACCAUCUGCGUCUCUGUCUACAGGAGAAGAGGUUGUCACAGUGAAGUGGACGUAGAGGCUUUGGUUUGGGACCUAGGGAGCAUGAAUGGGACCCACAAGGGCCGCUUAAAGCUGACUCCUAAUGUACGCUAUGCCCUCAGUGAACGUGACAGUUUGGUGGUGGCAGACAUCCCAUGUCAGUAUGUCAGCUGUGCUGUAGACACAGUCCCUUCUCAAGGGGACAUGAGGACUCCUGUAAGCAGAAAUUCAGGGGUUAAGGCCCCGUUGCCAGAUACCUCAGGAGAAAAGGGAGGUGACACAAUCACAGGCAGCAAGAAAUGUGUCAACAGAGGUACAAAAACUAGGGUGUCAUCACCUGAUCAGGAGGACACAAGGAAGACUCCUGUCAGAACCAGUUGCCUGUCCUUUGAGCAAACUCCAACCCAGCCACAGGGGACCCUGGUCCCAGAAUCUGGCUCAGACUCAGAUGGAGAAAGAGGAGACAGGAGGCGCAAGACUCUGGUGUCUGAUUCUGACUCCUUUAAAUCAAGUCCCACAUGUUCAACAUUACUGAGUCCCCCAAACAAAAUCGUGCCUGAAAGUGAGGAUGAAAGUCCCAUCACACCGUCCUCCUCCACUAAAAAUAGGCCUUACAGACAUGUCAGCUUCAGCAAGGAGGAGACAGACUUAGAUGUGGGGCGACAGCAGGCGAUGAAAAAAAAGGCACUUGUGGUUGUGGAUGACAGUGAAGAGGAGGAAGAAAGGGAAGAAGAAAGAGCAGCACUCGGAGGGAGAAAGUCUGACGAAAGUGGACAGCAUGUGCCAGUGAAACAGGAAAGCAAUGUCAGUCUUACAGGAAAAGAUGAAUUGCCUGUAUCCACACCAUCAAUCUUCACAGAUGCGAUCCCUGCAUUUCACAUGGACAGUGACACUGAUAUAGAGGGAGAGGAGGUAGGAGUGGCCUCUGUGGGUCCUGUGACCAUGAAUACAAACCAACAAGCUGAUCAGCCACCAGACACAGCCCAGCUUCACAUGGACAGUGAUACAGAUGUCGAUGAAGAUGAUUAUGCCUCAGACAAAGUUCCCAAAUCUGUGCCUUCCUCUGCUGACCACACCAACCCUCCUCAUGUAAUUUCAGUUAUUCAGCCAGAGGGCAUCACUAUGGACAGUGACACUGAUGUGGAUGAUGACGAUGCUCCUGUGUCAGACGCUGCCACAAAAGCAAAACCCACAUCAAUUCAGAGCACACACACAGCUGACUCUGCUCCUUCAACGCAGCUGAAAGAUUUCCACCUAGACAGUGACACAGAUGUUGACGAGGAAGAAGAAAAGAAAUGUGGAACAAAUAAUACGUGCUCUAAAAUAGAUGAAACUCCCACUAGAUUAGAUAUCGUGCCACUUGGGCCUGAAUCCACCCCUCCUGCGCCUCACAGCCUGCAUCCAGACAGUGACACAGAUGAUGAAGCUAUUCCUGCCCCUGCCAUCAGUGAACCCUCGAUGGUGUCUGCUGUCACAGAAUCAUGCGCCGCUGCAGACGCAGGAGCUGAAUUGGGUAUUUUGUCUGACAGCGACACAGAUGUGGAAGACGGCUCUCCUCUGCUCUCUCUACCUGUUGCUGUCCCAGCCUUGUCAGUGGGUCCUGGUACCACAUCAGAAGCUCUUCAGUCAGAGUCGGAAGCAGACACCGAUGUUAAUCCAGAUGACCUCAGAGUGGACAGUGACACAGAUGUGGAAGAUGAGAAGGUGGAUUUUGGAGAGGCUUGUGAGGGCCAGAUUCCUAGCUUGCCCAGAGAAAAUACACCUGGGUUUCUGGUUCCUCUUAAGCAGAACUGCUCCACUCCUAUACAGGUGUCAGAAGGAGAAGUGGAAGACAUGGAGACUCAGGCUUUCCUUAGUCCCUCCACAGGUCCAUUUAGACGUGCGGUAGCCCCUGCUAUAAGACCUAUACCAUUGUCUACUGUCUCAGACAGCCAGGAGGAUGAGGAAUUUGUCGUGGCUGAGACACAGUCCUUCGUUCUUCAGACCAGAGACUGCCAGGCCAACCGUCCAGAGGACCACACCAUGGACCCCACCCAAGAUUUCGGCCUUGACUCUUCUGGUGAUGAACAAGGCGAACAGUCCAGCAGAGGAGGGUCUUUCCAGCUGGGAUCGUCUGACAGCAACCACCUGCAGGCUCAGGAUCAGGCCCAAGCUCUAGCAAUGGCGAGCACCCAAGCUUUUGUCUCUGUGGUGGGGGGUGUGAAUCUGGAAGAUACCCAAGAAUAUGCAGCCAUCUCAAAUGCAGACAGAACCUCCAUGCAGAAUGAUUUAAAUCUGGAGGCUACGCAGGCCUAUGGAGAGAAUGAGGAACCUGCCCGAUGUUCAGUCAUGUCUGUUAAAGAAGGUCAGUUAGAUUUGGCCCUAGAAGCAACACAGGCAUAUCUUUUAGAGCCCUCCAGUGAUUCAGGGGAUGAAACCGAUGAAGAUGAAAGAAAAAACACUGCUACUGCUGAGACUCAGGCUUUCGACUUUCCUACUUCAUCUACUCUCGCCAUGGCUAAAACCCAACCAAUGUCUGCCUUUGAGGAGGAGAGUUUGGAUAAAGAAAAUCCUAUUUCCUCUGUACUAGAAGUUAAGCCCACACCACAUAAUGGAACAGAUGAGAGGGAAGAACAUGGGGAGGCAGCUCAACCUCAGAAGAGCCACCUCAGUGAAGCUCUGUCUCUAGCUGAAACUCAGCCAAUGCGUAUAAGUGACGAUGAAGAAAGUGAUGAUGAGGACUUGAUUCCAGGUCCACGAAUAAGAAAAGCAAAGCCACUGCAGCUUGGAGAGGAGCAGACACAAACUCUCCCAAACUCUGAGCUCUCUGCUAUUGAAACUCAGCCCAUGGGUACAUGCGACGGUGAGCAAAGUGAUGAAGAAGACUCAAGUCCAGGUCCUAGAAAAAGACCAGCAAAGCCUCAGCAAAUUCAAGAAGAGGAGACACAACCGCUAACUAAUUCUGAGUCCUCCACUGUUGAAACUCAGCCCUUGGAAACAAAAAUGGGUCUGCAGCCUCAGAGGGGAAAGGGGAGACAAUCUGAAGUUGGAACCAGUGGCACCACUAUUAGAGGUACACGAGGGACGAGGGCAAGAUUAAGAGAAGCGGAGGAGCAGGCAGAGUGUUCCGAACCUCCCAAGAGACAGACACGAGGGAAGAAUAAAGCUUUGCCAACUACCAGAGGAAGGAGAGGAAAAGCGAGGCCUGAUGAGGAGGAGAGUGAGGAAGAGGAGGAGAUAGUGCAGGCUAAAGGAGCUGGAGGAAAAAAAUCCAAGAGGGAACAGAAAGAUAAUGAGGAUAAGGAAGAAAGGCUUGAAACGGGGAGAAACAAGCACACUGAAAAAGCCAACCUAAUGAAGGAAGAAGAAGAAAGGAGGGGAGCCAAAUUAGAAAGGGAAAGAAAAGAGAAGGAAGAAAAAGAAAGAUCGCAGGCUAAAAUUGCAGAAAGGUUAAGACUUGAGCGGGAGAAAGCAGAAAAAGAUAGAAUAGACAGUGAAAGAAAGGAACAAGAAGACAAGAAAAAAGCUGAUAAGGCACAAAAGGAAAAAGAAGAACAAUUGGGCAGGGAAAGAAAGGAGAAGGAAGAAAAAGAGAGAUUAGAGCAUGAAAAGGCAGAAAGAGAAGAGAAGGAGAGAUUGGAGAGGAAAGAGAGGCUAGAAAAGGAAAGAAAGGAACAAGAAGAGCAAGAAAGAUUACAGGCUAUAAUUGCAGAAAGGGUAAGACUUGUGCAGGAGGCAGCAGAAAAAGAUAGAAUAGACAGGGAAAGAAAGGAACAAGAAGAGCAAGAAAGAUUGCAGGCUAUAAUUGCAGAAAGGGUAAAACUUGUGCAGGAGGCAGCAGAAAAAGAUAGAAUAGACAGGGAAAGAAAGGAACAAGAAGAAAAGAAUAAAGCUGAUAAGGCACAAAAGGAAAAAGAAGAACAAUUGGGCAGGGAAAGAAAGGAGAAGGAAGAAAAGGAGAGAUUAGAGUGUGAAAAGGCAGAAAGAGAAGAGAAGGAGAGAUUGGAGAGGGAAAAAGAGAGGAUAGAAAAAAGAAAGGAAAAAGAAAGCUUGCAGAUGGCAAAGAGGGAACAAGAAGAGAGACUUGAGAGGGAGAGGAAGGACAAAGAACACCAGGCGAGACUGGAGAGGGAAGCAACGGAAAGGGAAGAACGAGAAAGAUUGGAGAAAGAAAAAGAGCAAGAAGAAAACAAGCCCAAAACACCCACAAGAAGUCGAAGAGCAGCCAGAACAACUGCUGCCCCCUGUACAACCGAGCCGGAACAAGACUCCACCGUAUCAGCCAAUGAUGAUGUCCCAGCGAGGAGAACCAGAUCUCGCUCUAACUCCUCCAACUCGGUCAGCUCAGAGAGGUCUGCUUCAAGUGUGAACACCCAGGGGAGCAGGGGGAGAGGCCGAGGCCGAGGAGCAAAGAGGACCAGUGGGCCACCCCAGGCAGCCAUCGUCCGAAGCAGCAAUAGAAGGAGGACGGUGGCUGCAGAGGCAACACGAGUAACAAGUAAUGUGGUUUUUCCUCAGGGAGUCCGUUCUAGGUCUAACUCCACCAACUCAGAGAUUUCCAGCUGCAGCGUGAGCUCUCAGGGCAGAGGAAGAGGAGGCAUGCAGCAUGGCAGAGGCAGGAAAACAGAAGCAGAGCCACACUCCAUCCCUCCUGUCAAUAGUCUGAGUGAACCGAAUUUGUCUCCCAAACCUACAGCCAAGGGCAGGAAGAGCAGGAAAACAGAGGAAUCCUCUAAUGAGGUUCCCCAUGAGGAUGAAAAUGAGAAGGCAGACUCUCAGCAGGCUAGUACCACAAGAGGGCGACGGCGAGCCAAGGAAAACCGCUCUGAACCUGCUGCUGCAGAUGAGCAAGGGCCUUCUAAUCAGGAGGAGAGAUGUGCCAGUGAAGAUUCACCUCCGCCUAAAAGGAAUUUCAGAGGCCAAAAAGCGUUCAAGAGCGAGACUGUGGAGGCACCAGUAACUCCUGCAAUCAGUGAUGGAGAUGAGGCUAAAGACAAAAGAAAAGGAAGAAAAAGAGAGUUGCAGGUGAAUAAAGAAGAGGAUUCCAGCAGUAGCUCCAAAGUGUUGAAAGGGAAGGAGAAAGCCCAAACACCAGAGGCAGCAGAGGAAGAAGCAAAUGGUGAAACAAAAGAUGACAUUCCAGUCCAAGCUAAAAGAAGAGGUAGAGCAUCCAGCACUCAAGCGAAGAAAAACGCAAAAGAUUCCCCCACUGAAGGGCAGGUGAAAGAAGAGAGUGAGAAAAUGGAGGAGGAGACUGUUGAGAGGAGAGGCAAAGGUCGGCCAUCAAUGGUCCAGAAAAAGAAGAAAGAGGAGCAGGGAGAAAGUGGAACAUCUGUUGAACAGGAUCCACAUGUGGAGGCAUCAGAGCCCCAGACUCCAGCCAGCAGUGGAUCCCGGAAGCGACAGGCUCCUGUGGACUCCUCACCUGUGGCAAAGACCCCUCGCUCCUCCUCUGCGUCCCCGGCAGCUAGUGGUCGAUUACGAGCUGCCAGCCAGGACUACAAGGUGCUGUUCACCGGCGUGGUGGAUGAAGUAGGGGAGAGAGUGUUGGCACGGUUGGGAGGCAGCAUGGCUAAAGGUGUGGCAGACAUGAACUGUCUGGUGACUGAUAAGGUGCGCAGGACUGUCAAGUUCCUGUGUGCCGUGGCUAAAGGAGUUCCCAUUGUCACUACACACUGGCUGGAAAAGAGUGGUAAGGCUGGGAGCUUCCUGUCUCCUAAUGCUUUCGUUGUGAAGGACCUGGAGCAGGAAAAGAAGUUAAAUUUCUGCCUACAGGAGUCUCUAAGGAUUGCCAGCAGUCAGUCUCUCUUACAGGGCUAUGAGAUCCAUGUUACAAAGUCCGUGAAACCAGAGCCAGUUCAUAUGAAAGACAUAAUCUCUUGCAGUGGAGCUACCUUUCUUCCUAAAAUGCCCUCUUCUCACAAGCCUCAGACUGUAGUUAUUUCCUGCGAGGAGGACUGGCUGCUGUGUACCCCGGCUCUCUCUGCAUCUCUCCCAGUCGUCACGGCUGAGUUUAUUCUCACAGGGAUCCUUCAGCAGAAAGUUGACCUUCAGACCCACACACUCUCUGCCCCUAGAAAUACUCUACAGCCUGCAGGAGGCCGGGGGAGGGGCAGAAAGAAGACUUAGCACCACCAGGGUAUACUGUAAAAACCUGUCGUCUGUGAAAAUCUGCCACAGUGGGGUUUUUCCAUCGCUUAUAGAUUCCCUUUCAAAUUAGAGACCGGUACAAACACUAGUGAGUCAGCUAGUGUAAGAAUGUAUUGUAACACAUUAUGGAUGUAUUAGCAUGGAUGCAGUUUUACAGUGUUAGCUGUUUUUUUUUUCUUCAAUUUUACCUUUUGCCUUGUACAUGUAAAAAUUUAGUUUUUAAAGUUGCAAAAGCUAAACGCGAUGUUGCUGCUGAUCAGGGUGGGGAAGAAUUACCCAUCAACCUUCCUUGUCCUGUCCUCAUUUCAUUCUCCUCUGUGCUCCACCCCUCUCUUUCUACAACGAUAACAAGCAGAGCAGGAAUUUACACUGCUAAAUUGGUGCUACUCUCUAAUGUGCUUUGGCUAAAUCAGCCAGUUUGGCAGGAAACCAGAAGUGAAGUGUGAGUUGUAUAAUCAUGUUUGGGUGGUUGAAUAGUGGAACCGACCGGGGUCUGACUUGAAAUGCAUCUGCUGCGAUGGUCAGUGGAUGCAAAGAGCUUGUCUCCUGUCCUGAUAAGAAGUGCAUAGUGCCUUUUUUUUUUUACCGAGGUAAUCACGAACCUACGAGUGUUUCUUGUUCCUCUGUCUCCAUUAACCACCACCACGUACUCCAUUAAGGCUUCAUAUAUAGGAACCUGAAUGCUGAUGCUGCUUUUACAUCAAUAUCUUAUGGUCAUACAUUUAUUUAUUGUUUGUCUAUACAUGCUGUUAAAAAAGACCAGUGUACAGAACUCAGAUUUGGUUUCUCUCCUGACCCACAGUACAUCUUUCAACUACCUGUAUUGUUUGGUGUUUUAAAGAUGACUCAUUAGCUUGUAACCAAGUUAUACAUCUCAACACCAAGUUGUACCUAGUAUCAAAUCAUGAAAUCUGUCAGUUACCAAUGAAAACAUUAAAUCUUUUCUAUUAUGCUUAA